AUGAUGAUGAUGAUGAUGAUGAGUGAGGUGAACGAACAUCGAAUCAAAUCAAAUGGCAUAUGGAUGAAUAUAGCUGAACAGGGUACAGGUCCCAUGGUUCUUCUCCUGCACGGCUUCCCGGAAUUCUGGUUCGCAUGGAGGCAUCAAAUACCAGUCUUGGCUAAACACGGGUAUCAUGUUGUUGCACCAGAUUUAAGAGGGUUUGGAGAUUCAGACUCUCCUAUCAGCCCUUCUUCCUAUACAGUUCAUCACAUAGUCGGCGAUCUUAUUGGCCUUCUUGACCAUUUCGGGCAAGAACAAGUGUUUGUCGUCGGAAGUGACUGGGGAGCAAUUGCCGCUUGGUAUCUCAGCUUGUUCAGACCUGACAGAGUGAAGGGUGUUGUUUGUCUCUCUGCUCCAUUUGCACGCAGAUCACCAUCCAUUUCAACUCUUCAAUCCUACAAACAAAUGUUCGGAGAUGACUUUUACAUUGCUCAGUUUCAGAAGUCUGGAAGGGCAGAACAAGCUUUUGCCAGAUACGAUUAUUUGACAGUAAUGAAGAAAUUCCUACUAAUAAACAAGACCAAUAUGCUGAUAGCUCCACCGGGAAUGGAGAUCAUUGAUUAUCUAGAGACACCUUCAUAUUUACCUCCAUGGAUAUCCGAAGAUGAACUCCAGGUCUUUGCUGAUAAGUUUCAGGAGUCCGGUUUCACUGGAGGCCUCAAUUACUAUAGGGCCAUUGAUAUCAAUUGGGAGCUGCUUUCCCCAUGGCAGGAAUCGAAGAUAACGGUUCCUGCCAAGUUCAUAAUCGGUGAAUAUGAUAUUGGAUUUGAAGUGGGGGGAAUUAAAGAGUAUGUAAGUGGUAACAUGUUCAAGAAGAUUGUUCCUAAUGUAGAGGUUGUGAUUGUUGAAGAUGGUCAUCAUUAUAUCCACCAAGAAAAACCUCAACAAGUCACCAUGGAGAUUCUCUCCUUCAUUAAAAAGUUUCAAUAAAGAUGUCAUUCUCUUCCAAAAACAAUGUAAUAAAUACAACAUUGAAUUAUAAAUUCCAAUCUUCUUAUCAAACUAUUCGUGCUUA